CUCGUUUGACCCUUUCCCGAGAGACAAUCAAUGCUCGUGCCUCUUGUGCUUUCUCUCCCUGCGCACGUAUUGCCCCUCCUCCGCUGGGCUUGUCCACUCGUGGUUGUAGCGCAGUUUCACCCCAUCAGGCAAGGACGCUCAGGGUCUAUCAUGUGAACUGAAGGGGAUGGCGUCAUGGACUGCGGUCCUACCAGGGCCUUCUUCGCAGUCACUUCAGUUAGAAGGGGUCAUGAAAGGAUUGUAGGGACGUUGCCGUAGAACCAACGCGGUGAUCUCUAUCAAAAACGACCAAAGCUUGCCCCGGUUCGGGUGCAGUCUCACCAGCCACAAAAUGGAGCUCUGGCUUUUGCGGGAGCUCCUCCUUCAUGUAAAUGACGUCACAAGAACCUUGGAGGCAGGAACAGACAUGCGCAAACGUCAUAGUGCCCCCGCGUCUGCAGAGGCUUGUCUGAAGUACGUACCCAUCUCCCGCCCGCUCAACGAGACCUCCACUUCUCCAGCUGCAGAACUGGAGUUGGUUGAUCCCAUCCGUGUUUGCAGCAAAGACAUACCACAUGCAAAAGAGCAGAGUAUUGCUCGCGCUCGUCGCGUAAUGUUGGCCGGCAAGAUACGUCAGCCUGUCGAUUGCACGCAGUGGCCAGCCAACCAGCCUACAACGACAGGCAGGCAGGCGGGCCAUCGGGAAGAUGGCAUUCUUUGCAAAUCUCGAUCAUGUCAGGCAAGGAGCUCUCCUAGAAGCUUGCAGCCACAAUGGAUCACGAGCGACGAAAGCAAAGGGGCCAAGCAGAGAGCACAGGGCAAGGACAAGGUAGACAGCGCAAGCAAGCAUCUGCCAAACCGCCGGAGCGCACAGACCAGAAAGCCGACCGGACCACAACAACUACCGUGCCGCUGA